AUGUCUGGAAAACACCUCCAAAUAUCUGUAAAAAUUUUUAAUAUUUUUCUUUCAUUAUUAGCUACUCAUGAUCGAAAAUUUGGAAAUGAAGUCGUUCCAUCUUCAUCAUCAAAUGAUCCAUCAUUACCACUUCAUCAACGUACAGCAACUGAUCUUACUACUCAUUCAACAGUAUCGAAAGCUAAUGAAACUAUAGCACGAGCCAUAAAACCACCUGUAAUAGAUAAUAAAUCUACUCGAGAAAAUAAAACAAAAUCUGCCACUUAUGAAAAGAAUGAUACAAUAUCAUCAUUAGGUUCAAAUCAAUUAUUUGAAAAAAGUACAUUUUUGGAUUAUGAUGAUAAACAAUCUAUUGGUACAGUUGGUGAUGAUUAUAAUCAAAAAAUAAAUUCUCUUAAAACUAUAUGGGAUGCAUCUGAUCAUACAAGUGUACAUCUUGAACAAACUAUAAAUACAAUGGUUGCAAUGAAACAAAAACAAAAACAACAAGAUAAUAAUGUUUCAAAUACAAAUUCAACAAAAACAGAUAAUUAUGUUCAAGAAUCUAUACCAACAUCAUCAACAAAUAUAACAGUUACAAAUACAAAUGUUUCAUCAACAGCAAAUGAUGAUACGAAUAAUAAAAUUACAACAUCUACUAAUAAUUUACAAUCAACAGGUUCAUCAUCAACAAUUAAUCAACCACCAACAUAUUCAACAAGUACUGUUUCAAAUAAAAAUGAACAAAAAAAUAUUUGUACAGUAAAACCAACUCAACAAGUUGCACCUAAUAUUCAAGAUCAAGUUGAUGUAACAAGUUAUCAAACAUUUUCAGCACCACCAUUACCACCACCAAUCUCUCAAGCAUCAUUACAACAACAACAACAACAACAUAUACUUUCACAAUCUCAAGUUAAUCCAUUACAUCAACAACAUUCAUAUACAUUCUAUGAAAAUCUUUUGCCAGCUCCACCACCACCACCACCACUACCACAACAACAACAACAACAACAACAAUUUAAUCGAAUUUAUUCAUCAACUACAAAUACUACCAGUACGGAUCCGAUAAAUUCAGAUUUUUCGAGUGUUCAAUCUUCACAAAUCUAUCCACCACAAAAUUUUCAAUAUCGAAAUACAAAUGUCUUCUUACAACCACAAAAUGUACCAAAUACAAAUUCAAUGUAUCAUCAUACAUCACAAGGUUCAAUUUCUGGUAAUUUAUAUUUACAAGAGAAUUCUCUCAAAUUGACUAAUCAUUUCAGAAUUACAACUAUGUGCAUCAUAUAG